UCGGUGUAGCGUCACUGCCACACCGUGCCGAGCGAAAUUGAAGAACUUUAGGUGUGGCUAGUCUCUCGUUUGUCCUCGUACCUAUACAAGCGUACUUGUCAUUAAAGUGCCCAAUGGCUUUAAAACAAGCCCAGCCCAGCUAAGCGCAGAUGAAGGCCCACGAGAGACGCGAGUUUUUUUUACCAAAGUGUGAAAUAAUACGAUAAUAGGUACGGAAUAAUUUUGUGUUUGGUGCAUAUAAGUACUUGAGGAUUAGAUUGGACGUUUUAUACAAACGGAGGAGGAGCAGCAUCCGCAUGCGGCUGCAGAUGUACAAACGAGAGUGCGCAGACGACGACGGCGUCGUGAGGGGGAUACAUAUAUUUUAUUGAUCAAUCGGCCUAGCUCACGUACGCGUAUAUAUAUUUAUACACACCACCCCUAGGUGUGUAUAUACACCACUAUUCUCCUCCUUUAAUCCGUUCCGUCUAACCUCGUACACGCGCAUCAAACGGUGGUGAUUGUAAUUAUUAUACUUGCUCCAAAAAACAAGAAACAAGUGUUCGCGCUGUAACGGGCGUGUCUUUUUUGUAUACUAUACGGUGUACAUUCCCGUGCAGGUAGCUCGGUCGUUUUCUACCGCCGCGAGCGAGUGAUCAACCGGCGCUGCUGCAUUUUAUAUUGGUUUUUUCCAACAAAAUCGUUUUUAAUCUCUUUUUGUACCUCGCGAUGCUUUUGUACGUGUGAUACGGUGUUUUACAUGACGAAAAAAUGACCAAAUUUAAUUACAGAGUCAUGACCGAGGCUGUAGUGUUGAUACUGAGUCUGUUGGCUUUCGGGGCCGCGGCUUACGACUAUGACUACUGCAGCUAUCCACUGCUGGACAGGGCACAGCUCAAGGCCUCUUCCUCUCUGCCGGAGAGAGGACCAUCUAAUGCCAGACUCUACGGGCCCAAUGCAUGGACUGCCCACAGUUCCGACUUUAGCCAGUACCUUACCAUUGAUCUCGGACAGACCAUGAACAUCACUGCCAUAAGCACCCAAGGAAGGGCCAAUAACAAUGAGUACGUUAUGGAGUACGGCAUCAGUUACGGUACCAAUGGCCUUGAUUACGUAGAUUUUAAGGACUCGGACGGCAGCGUUAAAAUGUUCACGGGCAACAAGAACGGAAGCAGCGUCGAGCACAACAUGUUCGAGGUGCCUAUCAUUGCCCAGUGGGUGAGGAUAAACCCAACUCGCUGGCGAAACAGAAUAUCGAUGAGAGUCGAGCUCUACGGCUGCGAUUACGUGUCCAAUAUACUGUCGUUCAAUGGCUCGUCGCUGGUGAGCUGGAAUUUGCACAGGGAAAUCUACAGGCACUCGAUGCGCUUUCGCUUCAAGACCAACAACGCCGACGGAGUUAUGAUGUACUCGCGGGGCUCUCAAGGGGACUUUUUUGCCCUGCAGUUGCGCGACAACAGGAUGCUGCUCAACAUUGAUCUCGGUUCCGGCAUAAUGACCAGUUUUUCGGUCGGAAGUCUCUUGGACGACAACAUGUGGCACGACGUCGGCUUCUCCAGGAACCACAACGAAGUAAAGUUUUCCGUGGACAGAGUUUUCAUCGACGGCCGCAUCAAGGGCGAGUUUCACAGGCUCGACUUGAACCGGGAAUUUUACAUCGGCGGCGUUCCCAACAAGCAGCAGGGCCUCGUAGUUAAUCAAAAUUUCACGGGUUGCAUUGAAAAUUUGUUCUUUAAUUACACCAACAUGAUCAAGGAGAUCCAGGAAGCCAACGACGAGAAGUGGCGCUAUCAGCUCGUGCACACGUCCUACAGCUGUCCCGAGCCACCCAUAAUCUCCGUGACUUUCUUGACCUCCUCGUCCUACGCGAAACUCAAGGGCUACGAGGGCCUGUUCUCUAUGAACAUCUCGCUGUCCUUCCGCACCUACGAGGGCCAAGGCAUCAUCUUUUACCACGACUUUAUCUCCUCGGGCUACGUCAAGAUGUUCUUGGAAGAGGGCAAGCUCAAGGUCGAGCUGAAGACAAAGAGCGACGAGCAAAAAGCCAUUCUGGACAACUUUGACGAGACCUUCAACGACGGCAAGUGGCACCAGAUCGUGUUUACCAUGGCGAAAAAUAGUUUGACCAUCAACAUCGAUUCCCGGCCGACCAAGACCACGCGGCAGAUGGAUAUCGCGACGGGUCACAUGUACUUUGUUGGUGGUAUGCCCGGCAACCAGCGCGGCUUCAUCGGCUGCAUGCGCGUCAUCCAGAUAGACGGUAACUACCAGCUGCCGACCGAUUGGAAGGAAGACCAAUACUGCUGCAAGCACGAGAUCGUCUUCGACGCGUGUCAGAUGGUCGACCGGUGCAAUCCCAACCCGUGCGAGCACAGCGGCAUCUGCAUGCAGAACUCCGACGAGUUCUUCUGCGACUGCUCCAAGACCGGCUACUCGGGAGCCGUCUGCCACACGUCCCUGAAUCCGCUCUCCUGUACGGAUUACCGCAAGUCGCCAACCUCCGUCAAUCAGAAGGCCGAGAUUACGAUAGACGUGGACGGCAGUGGUCCCCUACGUCCGUUCCCUGUCACCUGCGAGUACUUUGCCGGCGAACGGGUCAUAACGGUCCUGCGCCACAGCAACGAAAAACCAACGACGGUUAAGGGCUUCGAGGCGCCGGGUAGCUUCAGUCAGGACAUCCACUACGAGGCCGAGCACGACCAAAUCGAGGCCCUGAUUGGCCGUUCGGACAACUGCAGGCAGCACCUAAGCUAUUUCUGCAAGCACUCGCACCUCUUCAACAGCCCGUCCAACCUGAACGAGCCCUUCCAGCCCAACUCCUGGUGGGUCGGCCGUAACAACCAGAAGAUGGAUUACUGGGGUGGCGCAUUGCCGGGCUCGCGCAAGUGCGAGUGCGGCAUCCUCGGCAAUUGCGCGCAGCCCGAGAAGUGGUGCAACUGCGACGCGGACCUCGAGGGCUGGUUCGAGGACGCCGGCGAGAUCGCGGAGAAGGAUCACCUGCCCGUGAAGCAGCUGCGCUUUGGCAACACCGGCACGUCGCUCGACGAGAAGGAGGGCAGGUACACGCUCGGGCCCCUGGUCUGCGAGGGCGACGAUUUCUCCCAGAACGUCGUCACCUUCCGCAUCGUCGACGCGACGAUCAAUCUGCCAACCUUCGAGAUCGGCCACAGCGGUGACAUCUACUUCGAGUUCAAGACGACGCAGGACAACGCCGUCAUCAUCCACAGCAAGGGCUCGAGCGACUACAUCAAGAUAUCCAUCAACGGGGGCAACCAGAUACACUUCCAGUACCAAGCGGGCGGCAGUCCCUUGGCCGUGAGCGUUCAGACCUCGAGCCGGCUGGCCGACGACAACUGGCACAGCGUCUCGGUGGAGCGCAAUCGCAAGGAGGCGCGCAUAGUCAUCGACGGUGCCUUCAAGAACGAGGUGCGCGAGCCUCCGGGUCCCGUGCGCGCACUCCAGCUCGACUCCAGUUUGGUCGUUGGCGCAACCACGGAGUUCCGGGACGGGUACGUGGGCUGCAUCAGGUCGCUGCUCAUCAACGGCAAACUGCAGGAUCUGAGGAGCCACGCCCGCCGUGGCUUGUACGGCGUGAGCGAGGGCUGCGAGGGCAGGUGUAAGAGCAGCCCGUGCCUCAACAACGGCACCUGCCACGAGCGCUACGACGGCUACUGGUGCGACUGCAGGUGGACGGCGUUCAAGGGCCCGAUCUGCGCGGACGAAAUCGGCAUCAAUCUUCGGCAGAACUCCAUGGUCAAGUACGACUUUUCCGGCAGUUGGCGCUCCACGAUCUCGGAGAGUAUCCGCGUCGGCUUCACCACCACGAAUCCCAAGGGCUUCCUCCUUGGCUUCACGUCGAACAUCACCGGCGAGUACAUGACGAUCAUGGUGUCGAACAGCGGCCACUUGCGCGUCGUUUUCGACUUUGGCUUCGAGCGUCAGGAGAUCAUCUACCCGGACAAGCACUUUGGCCUCGGGCAGUACCACGACGUGCACAUCGGCCGGAAGAACGGAGGCUCGACGCUCGUCAUAAAGGUCGACAACCAGGAGCCGAAAGAGUUCAAUUUCGCCAUCAAAGGCUCGGCCGACGCCCAGUUCAACAACAUUCAGUACAUGUACAUCGGCAGGAACGAGUCGAUGACCGAGGGUUUCAUCGGCUGCGUGUCGCGCGUCGAGUUCGACGACAUCUACCCGCUGAAGCUGCUCUUCCAGGAAAAUGGUCCGGGUAACGUGCGCUCGAUCGGCAGUCGGCUGACGGAGGAUUACUGCGGCGUCGAGCCGAUAACCCAUCCGCCGAACUCCAUAGAGACCAGGCCACCGCCGGAGAUAGACGAGAACAAGGUGCGGGACGCUUACGGGGAGCCAGACGCCGCGGUUCUCGGUGGCGUGCUCGCCGUCAUGCUGAUUGCCCUCUGCAUCAUGAUGUUCCUCAUCGGUAGGUACAUAUCGCGGCACAAGGGCGAGUACCUUACUCAAGAGGACAAGGGCGCGGAGGUAGCGCUAGAUCCCGACUCGGCGGUCGUAAAUUCAGCCACCGGGCAUCAAGUACAAAAGAGGAAGGAAUGGUUCAUCUGAGGUUGGCGAUCGCUGUUUUAUCGAUGCAAUGACAUAGUAAUGAUGAUUAUUAGGAUUUCGGUCGACGUAAUCAGAAAUCGGUAGCCGCGCAGACGCUCGAGCUCGCGAUCCCAACUUUAUUUUAUUUUAUUUUUUUUUUUUUGUUGUAUCAUUUACGGGGUCGCGCGUGUUUUUCGAUGUCGUGUAUGCGAUAUAGAUAUAUUGUACGCAAAAACGCGCUAUGCAUCGUGACAUUCCCUAUACAUGCGACGCGGGCGCGUGCGUCACACUCGUAUUUAUAAAUAUUUUUAUAAAACCUACUUGGCAAUUAUUAUGUAAUACGUAUUGUAUAUGCUUAUUAACGGAACUAACACUAUUGAAGUAUUUUUCAAAAUAUCUCUCUUUUUUUUUAUAUGCAUAAAAAAACUAACUCUUAAGGCUAAAUGAAGUAUUAACUUUUUGAAUGACGUAAGAUAAAUUUUUCUGUAUAGAACUGAAGCGAUCUUUUUUCUACUCGAGUGUUGUAUACAGAGUCACCAAUAAGAUUUAUAUAUUAAUAAUAAUAAUGAUAAUGAAGUUCUCGAGUCGUUAAAGCUACCCGAGCACGCGAGAAAUCAAAUUUCUCGGGUCUCAUUGAAUCUCCGCAUUUCGACGUAGGCAGAUUUUGUAACGAUAUUUUGUAUAUUAUUAAAAAUAAUGUAAAAAAUACCAAGCUGAUUCAUC